AUGACAAUCCAAGCUAUUGCUGACCAAUUCGGAGUAUGUGAAUAUACAGUCUUUGAUAUUGUAAAGCGCCUCGCAAACAUUGUUUGCCGUGAACUUCUGCAGCAAUGCAUAAAAUGGCCAGAUGGUGAAAAAGUUUCCAACAUUGUUAAAGGGUUUAAAGAUUUAAAAAAUUUCCCUGCUGUAAUUGGUGCCAUUGACGGUAGUCACAUACCUAUAAAAACUCCAAAUCAUUGUCCAGAAAACUACAUUAAUCGAAAGUCAUUUCCGUCUGUCAUUCUUCAGGCCGUGUGUGAUUCAAAAAUGCAUUUAUUAGAUGUUAACUGUGGUUGGCCGGGAUCUGUGCAUGACUCCCGAGUUUUUAAAAAUUCAGAAUUGUACCAAAGGAUUCAGAAAGACCCAGAGGGGAUGUUUCCCAACAAUACACACCUUUUGGGGGACUCUGCUUAUGGUCUUGAAAUGUGGAUGAUGACUCCCUACAGGGACCGUGGAAACCUAACACAAAGUCAGUAUCAGUACAACUAUAUUCACAGCAGUACUAGGAUGGUAAUUGAACGCACUUUUGGGGCCAUAAAAGGAAGAUUUCGCCGCUUAAAAUUUGUAGACAUUCAGGACAUUGAAAAAAUUGUAAAAGUAGUGAUCAGUUGCUGUGUAUUGCACGAAUUUUGUCUACAGCAUGACGAUGAUUGUGUAGAGUAUAUAGAGGAGGGAGGAGAGGAUGAAGUCAACAACUUUGUGCAAAUUUUAUGUGUAAAUAAUGCUGCAGGAGAAAAGAGGGAUAGUAUUGCAAGAAUGUUAUAA